GUGGGUCCGCCCCGCUGUCAGUUACGGGGGAAGACCUGGCAGGCGGGCGGCGCUCCCUGGCUACCUCGUCGCUCUCUCGGGCGCGCUCCCUCUCGCAGCUUGCGGGGAAGUCCGGGCCGCCCGAGCAGCCGCCGCCACCGCCUCGCCCCGUCCUCCUCCCAGUCCUCUCCCGGCUCAGUCCCUACAGCCCGCGCACCCCCGAGUAGUGAGAGGCCCCCGCGGAAGGUUCGGAGAGUCACCGCGGCGGCGCCGGUGGUGUUUAAACCAUGUUAAGGAGGAUUCUGCAGAGGACUCCUGGGAGAGUUGGCUCUCAAGGUUCAGAUCUAGAUUCAUCAGCAGCUCCUAUAAACACGGUGGAUGUCAAUAAUGAAAGCUCUUCAGAGGGUUUCAUCUGUCCGUUAUGUAUGAAAAGAUGUAUAACUGCUAUUGAUUUGUCGGAGCAUUACCAGAAAGUGCACGCUGAAAAUGAGACAAGAGGACAGGAACUUCUUAAUGACUCCAGUGUUACUGGUUUCAUAUGUCCGCAGUGUAUGAAAUCUCUUGGAUCUGCUGAUGAACUUUUCAAACACUAUGAGGCAGUCCAUGAUGCUGGUAAUGACUCAAGUCAUGGAGGAGAAGCUUUGGCUCUGAAGCGAGAUGAUAUAACACUACUCAGACAAGAGGUCCAAGACCUACAGGCUUCACUUAAGGAAGAAAAAUGGUACUCAGAAGAAUUAAAGAAAGAAUUAGAAAAAUUUCAAGGGCUACAGCAACAAGAGUCCAAAUCUGAUGGAUUAGUGGCUGAUUCAUCAGCAGAACUACAGUCUUUGGAACAACAAUUAGAAGAAGCCCAAACAGAAAAUUUUAAUAUUAAACAAAUGAAAGAUUUGUUUGAACAGAAAGCAGCCCAACUUGCUACUGAAAUUGCAGAUAUAAAGUCAAAAUAUGAUGAAGAAAGGAGUCUUAGAGAAGCUGCUGAACAGCAAGUGACACAUCUAACAGAAGAAUUAAACAAAGAAGCAGCUGUGAUUCAAGAUCUAAAGACUGAACUGCUUCAGAGACCUGGAAUAGAAGAUGUUGCUGUAUUAAAGAAAGAACUGGUCCAAGUUCAAACACUAAUGGAUAACAUGACCUUGGAACGUGAGAGAGAAUCUGAAAAACUCAAAGAUGAGUGCAAAAAGUUACAAACAGAAUAUACUAACUCAGAGGCCGUAAUAAGCCAGCUGAGGAGUGAACUUGCCAAAGGCCCCCAGGAAGUUGCUGUGUAUGUGCAGGAACUACAAAAACUUAAAAGUUCAGUUAAUGAAUUAACACAAAAAAAUCAGAACUUGACUGAAAAGUUACAGAAGAAAGAACUGGACUAUACUCAGUUAGAAGAGAAACAUAAUGAAGAAUGUAUGAGUAAAAAGAAUAUACAAGCAAGCCUUCAUCAAAAAGACCUGGAUUGUCAACAGCUUCAGUCAAGGUUAUCUGCGUCUGAAACCUCACUGCAGAGAAUACAGGCAGAACUAGGUGAAAAGGGAGAAGCUACUCAAAAGCUCAAAGAAGAAUUAUCAGAAGUGGAGACCAAGUACCAGCAUCUUAAGGCAGAGUUUAAACAGCUACAACAACAGAGAGAAGAAAAGGAUCAGCAUGGGUUACAACUGCAAAGUGAAAUCAAUCAAUUACAUAGCAAACUUCUGGAGACAGAGCGCCAACUAGGAGAAGCUCAUGGAAGGCUGAAGGAACAGAGACAGCUUUCAAGUGAAAAGUUGAUGGAUAAAGAACAACAAGUGGCUGAUCUACAACUCAAACUUUCUCGUUUAGAGGAAGAGUUGAAGGAAAAAGUAACCAAUUCCACAGAAUUGCAGCAUCAGUUAGAUAAAACAAAGCAACAGCAUCAAGAACAACAAGCUCUUCAACAAAGCACUACAGCAAAACUUCGAGAAGCUCAGAAUGAUUUGGAACAAGUACUACGUCAAAUUGGUGAUAAGGACCAAAAGAUCCAGAACCUUGAAGCCUUAUUACAGAAGAGCAAAGAAAAUAUUUCUUUACUAGAAAAGGAGAGAGAAGAUCUUUAUGCAAAAAUUCAGGCUGGUGAGGGAGAGACUGCUGUUCUUAACCAAUUACAAGAAAAAAACCAUACAUUACAGGAACAAGUAACUCAGCUAACAGAGAAGCUGAAGAAUCAGUCAGAAAGCCAUAAACAAGCCCAGGAGAAUUUGCAUGACCAGGUGCAGGAGCAGAAGGCACAUCUUAGAGCUGCACAAGACCGUGUCCUUUCCCUAGAAUCCAGCGUCAGUGAAUUAAAUAGUCAGUUAAAUGAAAGCAAGGAGAAGGUUUCCCAGCUUGAUAUACAGGUUAAAGCCAAAACUGAAUUAUUGCUAUCAGCAGAAGCAGCAAAAACUGCUCAGAGAGCAGAUCUUCAGAAUCAUCUGGACACAGCCCAGAAUGCAUUACAAGAUAAACAGCAGGAGUUAAAUAAGAUCACUACUCAGUUGGAUCAGGUCACUACAAAGUUGCAGGACAAGCAAGAACAUUGCAGUCAGCUGGAAAGUCAUCUUAAAGAAUAUAAAGAGAAACAUCUGUCUUUAGAACAGAAAACUGAAGAAUUAGAAGGUCAAAUCAAGAAACUAGAAGCUGAUAUGCUUGAAGUUAAAGCAAGCAAGGAGCAAGCUUUGCAGGGUCUACAACAACAGAGACAGCUGAACACAGAUUUAGAGCUUCGAGCCACAGAAUUGAGUAAACAACUUGAAAUGGAGAAAGAAAUAGUAUCUAAUACAAAGUUGGAUCUACAGAAGAAAUCUGAAGCACUUGAAAAUACUAAGCAAAUGCUUACCAAGCAAGAAGAAGAAAAAACAAUCCUUAAACAAGAAAUUGAAAAUUUAAGUCAAGAUGCAAAGAUGCAGCACAAGGAACUGAAUGACAGGAUUCAAACAGCAGUAACAGAACUACAGAAAGUGAAGAUGGAGAAAGACACUCUAGUAGCAGAGCUUUCUGCAGCAAAAGAGAAAUUAUCAAAAGUUUCUGAUUCUUUGAAGAACUCCAAAAGUGAAUUUGAAAAGGAAAAUCAGAAGGGAAAAGCUGUUAUAUUAGAUUUGGAGAAAACUUGCAAAGAAUUAAAGCAUCAGCUUCAAGUACAGACAGAAAGCCUGCAUAAGGAGCAGAAUGAAAUGAAAAAGUCACUUGAAAAAGAAAAGGAGACUUCUCAUCAGUUGAAGUUGGAGCUCAGUUCCAUGCAGGGACAAGUCAUACAGGCCCAGAAUAGCUUAAAACAAAAGGAAAAAGAAGAACAACAGCUUCAGAGUAACAUAAAUGAGCUAAAGCAAUUGACUGAGCAGAAGAAAAAGCAAAUUGAAACACUCCAAGGAGAAGUUAAAAUUGCUGUUUCACAGAAGACAGAACUUGAGAAUAAACUACAGCAGCAGUCGAUGCAAGCAGCACAGGAACUCGCAGCAGAGAAACAAAAAAUAUCAGUGUUACAAAACACCUAUGAAAAAAGUCAGGAAAAUCUAAAACAGCUUCAGUCUGAUUUCUAUGGGAAGGAAUCUGAACUACUUGCCACAAGGCAGGAUCUUAAGUCUGUAGAAGAGAAGCUUUCUCUAGCACAGGAGGAUUUGAUAUCAAACAGAAAUCAAAUUGGAAACCAAAAUAAAUUGAUUCAAGAACUGAAGACCACCAAGACUACUUUGGAGCAAGAUUUAGCAAAGAAAGAACAGCAAUUGAAGGAACAGAAUAAAGCACUACAAGAUACGCAAAAAGAAAAGUCACUAAAAGAAAAAGAACUAGUAAAUGAAAAAUCUAAAUUGGCAGAGACAGAGGAAGUUAAGUGUAGACAAGAAAAAGAAAUUGCUAAAUUGAGUGAAGAACUCAAGUCUCACAAGCAGGAAAGCAUAAAGGAAAUAACAAAUCUCAAGGAUGCCAAACAGCUUUUGAUUCAGCAGAAAUUAGAGCUUCAAGGGAAAAUAGAUUCCCUGAAGGCAACCCUUGAACAGGAGAAGAAAACCCAGCAAAUGCUAAAAGAGCAGAUGAAAAAGGAAGAAGAUGAGCUAAAGAAAGAGUUUAUGGAAAAGGAAGCUAAACUGCAUUCCGAAAUAAAAGAAAAAGAAGUAGGAAUGAAGAAGCAUGAGGAAAAUGGGGCUAAACUUACCAUGCAGAUCACAGCAUUAAAUGAAAACUUGGGCACCAUAAAGAAAGAGUGGCAGUCCAGUCAACGGAGAGUCAGUGAACUCGAGAAACAGACGGACGACUUACGGGGUGAAAUUGCAGUACUGGAAGCGACAGUUCAGAAUAACCAAGAUGAAAGGAGAGCACUGCUGGAAAGGUGUCUGAAAGGAGAAGGUGAAAUAGAAAAGCUUCAAACCAAAGUACUAGAAUUGCAAAGAAAGCUGGAUAAUACAACCGCAGCAGUGCAGGAGCUAGGCAGAGAGAAUCAGUCCCUUCAGAUCAAACAUACACAAGCGUUGACUAGAAAGUGGGCUGAAGACAGUGAAGUACAAAACUGUAUGGCCUGUGGGAAAGGCUUUUCCGUAACAGUGAGACGGCAUCACUGCAGACAAUGUGGAAAUAUCUUCUGUGCUGAGUGUUCAGCCAAAAAUGCCUUAACUCCUUCUUCCAAGAAGCCUGUUCGUGUCUGUGAUGGAUGUUUCAAUGACUUGCAAGGAUAAUGGGUUAUCACAACUUCAAAGUAAUAUUACAGUAACAUUAGAUUUUUAAUAAAUGCACUUAAUAGAGGUCCUGGACUACUACUAUUUGAUUUGGACAGUGGUUGCAAUACUAAACCAAAUUAGAAUUCGUAUAUUUUGGAAUGUUAUCAAUAUCAAGUAAAAUUCUUCUAUUUUUGUGAGACCUGAGUUCAUCUUUCUCCAUUUAACCCUGGAACAGCUUUCAUGCCAAGUUUAGAAGUAGCCAAUGAAAUGUAAAUAAAUUUUGGACGGAAAAUAGCAAUGUAUUUUUUUAAAUAUAAUUUCAUUGUUCAGAAAUGAUAUGAAGACACUUCCAUAGCUGCUGCUUUCUCCCAAAUUUAGUGUAUGGAAAUGUACAUUGGUGAUGUUACCCUAUCAGAUAUAUUGCACAAUAACACAUCAAUUAUAUUCAAUAUUCUCAUUAUAAAGUCAUGCACAGAACUAUAAAGCUUUCUUUUUUCUUAUAUAUAGGUCCAUAGCUCAGUUGCAUUGUUACAAAUUUACUACUGAAGUGUUCUAAAUACAGAUUAUGUUUAAAUAUGUAUUAACCAUGAAUUCAAACAUGGUUUUUAUGUUAACUAUAUUGAUUUAAGUUCUCUUGGGUGAAUUUUAUGGCAAUCUCUUUAAAAUUAAUUUGCUUAUUUUAUGACUAUCCAUAUUUUAUCCGUAUUAUGGCUAUUCUCGGGUUGUAUUUAAAGAUUAGGGUUAAUUUUUCUUUUCUGUCUUUCUAACUGAUUUUUAAACUCCCACAUGUUCUUAAUUAAAAAUCCUACAAAACUUACCAGCCUCACCCCCAGUUGGAAGGUGAAUAACAUAAAUUGUGUAAUAGUCCUAUUCUGUUUAAGUAGGAAGUCUUCUGAGAUUAGCUUCCAUUUUAUAUCCUCAUUUUGUCUCUCCAGCAUCUUCAGGAAUCUGAUUUUGCUUUUUUUAAUGGAUCUUCUUUUUUGAAGGUAAUUUGGUUUAACUUUUUCAAGUGUAGCUCAGCUUCACUGUAAUUGUGUUGUAGUUUUGCAUCUUAAAGCUAGUAACUGGUAUUGUUAUAGUCUUAUCUGUGAAAACAAACACAAAACGGCAAGGAGAUGUUAAAUAUCCUGUUUUAUAUUUUCUACUUAGCUAACAGGGAAGAGUUUUUUAAAGUUUUGAACUUGACUUACAUUUUAAAGGUUCUAAAUUUGGGGUUUCAUAUCAACUCUGUAUCUGUUUAUUUCACAAAAAUACUGCUAUGAAAUUACCUUGAAAUAACAGUUGGAUAAUAGAGUAUUGCCAACCCCUAUAUUAAAAUCAGAACUGAAACAGAAUGACUAAUUGAGGGUAAUUAAAAAUUGGCUUAUUUGUAUGCUAAACAAUGGAAUUAAACUUUAUAGUCUUAAUUUGGAAAAUUGGAAAACAUCUGAAAAGUCAUUAAUACUGGUUUGUUACUCUAAGAAGAAAUGUCAAGUUAUGUGUUCACUCAGUGCAGUCACUUGGUAAUGGGGGAGGGUGGGACCUAGUAAUCCAUUUACAGUAAGUGCUUUCAGGUAUCAAGCUGAAAUGAAAUUAUCAUGUUAUAUUCUGCCUAUAAUGUAUACAAACUAAAAGAGAUUGCCAUAUAUUCAUUAAUUAUUUUAAAAACCCAUUUAAGUAAACUCUGUUGUCAGUAGCUAUCAAGGGCCCUGACUGAGUCCCUGGACUCAGAUAAACGUAACAUCCUUGAGCAUAAAUAUUGAAGAAAUAUAAUGGUUCCUUAUUAAAAAUAAGUUGAAUAAUAGAAAUUAUGCAUUUUCAUAUACUUACAAUUCAAAUACUCUUAAUUCUACACUUAAUUAUAAUUGAUAAGCAUGUUGGAAUAACAUUCACAGCACACUCUUUUUAAUGAUAAUGAAACUUCAUGAGAAAUUUCUUGAACUAUUUGUUCACUUCAUCUCCUAAUUGGGCACACUGAAGGCCUUUCCCUGUCUUGUUCCCCCUGCCCACAUACUCAUAAAAAAAUUGUGGGGACAACAAAUACAUGUGUGUUUGAGUAUUUUCUACUUUUCAUCUAGCUAAUCUUACUUUAUAAGCCCCAAAUAAUUUGACUACAUAUUAAGUAGAAGUGAAACCUAAAAUUUAGCUAUUAGUCUCACCAACAAGGUGUUUUGGAAACAGAAGGUUUUCUUUUUAAUUAAAAAGUCAUCCUCUUAGUGCUUAUUGGUUCUACAUUUUAGAUGUCUGCUAGGACUGUCAGUGAUUUAGAGCUGGCACAUGGAGUCCCAGCUCGAACGCAAAGCAUAUUGGCAUCACAUGUUAGUAAAUUCUAAGCCUCAGCACAGAAAUGUGAGUUAAUAAUCAAGUCUUGCUGGGUUAGUGUACAAUAAACUAUACCUACGGAAUUUUUAGUAGAAGACAAAGCUGCUGUUAUAGGAUUUAUUUUGAAGAAAAAAAGAGGGAAACAAACACAAAAACCUCAAUGCAAUGUAUAAUUUUGUUCAACUACCUCUUAAUGUGGAAUUAGUUUAAUAGUUUCCUCACAGUAAUGUUAAAUAGUAACUGCCAAAUUUGUUAGUUCCCCAUCUCUGUUGAAAAAAAUUAUUAUUUUAUAGUUUGGAGAACUUUAGACUGUUUUUUUUUUACCGUGCAUUUGCAUAAAGGUUUAGCUUUUAAGUGGAGAGCAAAUUAUGAUCAUAUAUUUUGAUAUUAUUCAUGACCUAUUUGGCUGGUUUUUUUAAAUGCACUUUGGCUAUGAAACCCUGGAUGAUUAGAUCCAUAAGAUUUACAUGUGCCAUCAGUUUAGUAUGCCUAGACAGGAGCCUGAUGGACGGCAUUCUGUGAUGAUACAACGUGCCACACUUUGUCUUAAUUGCUCUUUGCCUGAAUUUUAAUGAUCAGUUAUUGUUGCAGAUGUGAAUAUUGUGUAUAAACUUACUAAAUUUAUGUAAAAUUGUAUAAAAUAGAAUUGGAAAUAGCUAGGUUCUGUGUAGAAGUAAUAAAUUUAUUGUAACGUGACGCAGUUAUGUCUAUGACAUUCUGUACUUCCUGAACUGGAUCAUAUUCAUAGCCUUUGUAGAUACUUUUGCAUGAAUAUUUUCUCCUUUAGAUUUUGGAUUCAAUGUAUUGUUUACUAUUUGUGAUCAUGUAGUUGUGCCUUAUUUGUGAGAGAGUUUAGCUCAGUAAAUACUGCGAUUGCUAAACUCAGUGAGUGGAAGAUUAUUGAUUAUAAAUGUAACCUGAUAAAUUACAUAACAUUUAAAUCUGUAUAAAGAACAAUGGAAGGAUCCUUUAUUGAAUUGUUGCUUUUUUAAAAAAUGCUGAAGACAUUAAAAAUCAUUUCUUUCUAGUA